GCAGGGGGCGCUGCGCGGCGCUGAGGGCCGGGCGGGAGCGCCCCCCGCCGCCAUGGCCCUUCCCGGCAUUCCCUAUGAGCGGCGGCUGCUCAUCAUGGCGGACCCCAGGGACAAGGCGCUGCAGGACUACCGCAAGAAGCUGCUGGAGCACAAGGAGAUCGAUGGCCGCCUCAAGGAGUUAAGGGAACAGCUGAAAGAACUCACCAAGCAGUAUGAGAAGUCAGAAAAUGAUCUCAAGGCCUUGCAGAGCGUUGGGCAGAUUGUUGGUGAGGUUCUUAAACAGCUGACAGAGGAGAAGUUCAUUGUGAAGGCUACAAAUGGACCAAGAUAUGUGGUUGGCUGUCGCCGUCAGCUUGACAAGAGUAAGCUGAAGCCAGGGACAAGAGUUGCUCUGGACAUGACCACUCUGACUAUUAUGAGAUACUUGCCCAGGGAAGUGGAUCCACUGGUUUAUAACAUGUCUCAUGAAGACCCAGGAGAUGUUUCCUACUCUGAGAUCGGAGGCUUGUCAGAACAAAUCCGGGAGUUACGGGAGGUCAUUGAACUGCCACUUACAAACCCAGAACUAUUCCAGCGUGUGGGAAUUAUCCCUCCAAAAGGCUGCCUGCUCUACGGCCCCCCUGGUACAGGAAAAACCCUUUUGGCCAGAGCAGUUGCCAGCCAGCUGGAUUGCAACUUCCUCAAGGUGGUGUCCAGUUCCAUAGUGGACAAAUACAUCGGUGAGAGCGCUCGGCUCAUCAGAGAGAUGUUCAAUUAUGCCAGAGAUCAUCAGCCCUGCAUCAUUUUCAUGGAUGAGAUCGAUGCUAUUGGUGGGCGCCGCUUUUCUGAAGGCACAUCAGCUGAUAGAGAAAUUCAGAGGACUCUGAUGGAGUUGUUGAAUCAGAUGGAUGGAUUUGACACUCUGCACAGAGUUAAAAUGAUCAUGGCUACCAACAGACCUGACACCCUGGACCCUGCCCUGCUGCGGCCUGGAAGGCUGGAUAGAAAAAUCCAUAUCGAUCUACCAAAUGAACAAGCCAGAUUAGAUAUUUUGAAGAUUCACGCAGGUCCUAUCACUAAACAUGGUGAGAUAGAUUAUGAAGCAAUCGUGAAGCUCUCAGAUGGCUUCAACGGAGCAGACUUGAGAAACGUCUGUACUGAAGCAGGGAUGUUUGCUAUCCGUGCUGAUCAUGACUUCGUAGUUCAGGAAGAUUUCAUGAAAGCUGUCAGGAAAGUGGCUGAUUCCAAGAAGCUGGAGUCCAAGCUUGACUACAAACCUGUGUAAAUUAACCAUAGAAUUUGUGAUUGAUUGUACACAUCCUACUGGGUUAAUGCAUAAAAAAAAAAAGAGAGAAAUAAUGUACCUCUUGAUUAUCAUUGUAAGGUGUUUGUGUAGCAUGUAGCUAGUAAUUUUGGGAAUGCUAGUUGCAAGUUGGCUACAGGAGUGUGUUUUCUGUACAAUUCUGAAAUGCAAUGUUCAUUACAGCCCAGGCUCAGUAAAAAUGUGUGGAGAUGUGUUGUUCUCUUAGCAAUUAUGGUGGGAAUUUAUAAACAUGCCUGAAGGGAUUCACAAACAGAAGAAAAGUCAGUUCAUUUCUUGGCUUUUUGUAUAUCAGUAAAUCUCCUUUCCCCAAACAGUUUAUGAAUAAAACCUGUUUAAAUCUGUUUA